AUGGAAAUGUCCGGACGCUCCGCCACAAAGGCCAUGGACACCAAUCACGAGUUUGCAUGUCAGGAACUCUGCGACAACGUAAUUACGACACUACCAAGGGAACUUAGAGACAUGAUCUACGAGUACGUCUUGUCUUCAGUAGUACGCGACGUUGCUGCAUUGCCGACAAGCGAGCCAACUUCCUCCAAAUCGGGCCCUCGCUACUGGCAAGCCGAGAAUGUUGGCGACGCGACCUCGAAAGAGAUACUCGAAGUCUGGUAUCGCUUGGUUCGUUUUCACUUUGGACAGGAUCUGGGUUAUCUCGAACGCUUCCUUUCGUCUCAACCAGCACCCUUGGACACAACCCGCCAGCUGCUUGUCACAAAGAUCAGUAUCGCCUUCGACCUCAGAGACGUGGGGACUCAUAUGCAACCCUCGGGAGGAGGGGUGGUGAGGGACUCCGCAUCCCGCACACGCAUGCUAGAACGACUGGAGAACCUGUUCUUAUUGAAGGAAGGCGCCUCCAUCCAUGUCUAUGUCAUUGUACCCCAUAGCUACACCAUACUCGCAAGGACACCAGAUCGAUAUGCAUAUCACGAAAUAAAGGUAUUGCGUGAGUUUACCGCCACUAUAGCUGACUUACUGUCACGUUUGGCGGCUGCUGGAUACGGCCUUUCCACCGGCAUCAUGCUAUCAUCAACCUGGCCGAACAACGGCUCACUCUAUGACUCGGUUUCGGAGAAGUCGACGGAUGAUACGCGAAGUUGCUUUUCCACUGGGCAUGGCUCAAAUCUGGAGACGCACACCACCUACGACUUCACGCUGCCAAUGUCACGAUCCAACUGGGAUGGCAUUUGCGCCCCGCGCAUGCGUGUUACAGUGCCAAGACGCUAUCUAGAUACCCGCGCUGCUGCCUAG